AUGUUUGUUUUUUAUUACAUCUGCAUCAGAAAAGCAUGUCUUGAAUGGUGUCACGGCAAGGGAAGACAAAAUAGACGGGUUUAUGUUAGAGGCUGGAAAAGCGACAACGAAAAGGGCGUUAUUCUGGAGUUGUCUAACGGAAGAGGAGAAACGGAAACCAGGGCAGCCUAG